CUCUUAUCAACUACUGGCCAGGAACACCUCCCACUGAACAGAAGUACCUGACCAUCGGGCUGUGCUCGGUGAGUCGUCCUAAAGGCAGCUAUCUGAUCUCCACCUUGUCCUCCAUCUUCUCCCGCUCCUCCCAGCAGAGCUAAACUCCAUGUUGGUGGUGGUACUGCUGACAGACUUCGAUGCCCAAUGGAGAGCGACCACGCUGGGGGAGAUUACAGCUAACUUCCCUCCCAGCUGAAGGCAAACCAGCUCCUGGUGGUACAUGCCCCCAAGCAGUACUACCCACCAAUAACAGGCCUGAAAAGGAACUUUAACGACAAGGCUGACCGCGUGACGUUCCGCUCCAAACAGAACGUUGACUAUAGCUUCCUGGUUCAGUUCUGCACUGGGCGGAGCCUGCACUACCUGCAGCUGGAGGACGACGUCUCCUGCUCGCAUCACUUCCUGUCCGCCAUCAGAGGGCAUGUCCAGCAAAUGGAAGUGCCCUGGGCCACGUUAGAGUUCUCAGCGCUGGGCUACAUUGGGAAGCUGUACCACUCAGAACACCUCCCCCUCCUCUCACGCUUCCUCUUCCUGUUCUACCAGGAAAUGCCCUGCGACUUCCUGUUCAGUCACUUCCGGGUGCUUUUGACGCAGAGCGAGGUGAUCCGCUUCACACCCUCACUGUUUCAACACACAGGCUCAUACUCGUCCUUCCUGGGGACCUUCAACAAGCUGAAGGAUGACGACUACGAGGAUCUCUACACCAACCCUGCUGCUGACGUCUAUAGUGACAUACCAGUCUAUAAGGAGCAUGUGGCGGCCAUGGCCUGGUCUCCUGGUACUGGAACCUUCUUCUGGGGGCGGAGUCCCUCUUCAGGGAACCACCUAACCGUCACCUUCAAACAUCCUGUUGUGGUUACCUCCAUUACCGUGGUGACUGGUUCAGCAGAGGGUCGUGAUCGGUUGGCAUCUGCGACCGUAGAACUGGGUCUCCACCCGGUAACCGAGAAGACUGGGUCGGGGACAACAUGCCAAGAGUUCUAUAACGUGGGGAUCUGCAGGGAGGCAGGAUGGACAUGACGGACGUACACAAGAAGAGAUUUGGCCACGCGUCUUCCUGUCUGAAGAUAAGAGUCACAGCCAAACAGAAUGACUGGGUUAUCAUCAAGAAGAUCAGGAUUACAACAAAGGAGGAAUAAACACUCUGAAAACACACACACACUCACUGAACAGACACACACACACACACACACUCACUGAACAGACACACACACACACUCACUGAACAGACACACACACACACACACUCACUGAACAGACACACACAC